GAUAUUACAAUCUGCAAUUCUCUGCGUGCAGGCCUUUUACCUCUCCACAUCCUCCCUCCAUCUCCUCCGCUCUGUGCAAGACGGAUGUGGGUUGUGACUCAGCCGCAUGCCGUGCGCACGUCACGCGCUGGUACCUGUCCUCUCUCUUCCUUCUUCCUCGAUCCUCCCUCGCAAUGGCUUCCGCUCACACAAUGGCCACUCCACUACCGACGCCUGUAAUGGCUGCCUCUGAAAUCAAGCUCCAAUCGCCAACUCCCGCCAGCAAGCCCUCCGCGCCAUCCAUCAGUCUCCUCUCGCCACCACCCUCGCCUUUUGCCGAGUCUGACGACAGCUCCGUCCCCAAGGCCGCUGAUCUGCCCCUCUUCGCCGCCGACUCUGACCUCCGCCAUGCUCCGCUCUUCAGACCGCUCGUCGACGUCGUCCGCGCGAACAAUGCCGUUGCCGCCGCCGCCGCCGCCGCCACUUCUUCUUACUCCGCAGCCGGGCCCUCGUCUUCUUCGGCUAGCAAGCUCUCGGCUCCUGCUGACUCGGCCUGCUUCCGGACCACCGUCUUUGAGCAGUACUCCAAGGCCCCGCGCCGCUGGCUGCAGAUCCAGCGCAAGUUCCUCCGUAACUACCGCCCCCAGUACUCCACCGUCAUCACUGUCUCGAGCCCCGCGCCAGCGCCCACACGGACAACCCCGCGGGCAUCACGCGUGACCAAGGCCAGAUCAUCACCCGUUUCGUCGCCCACAAUGACUACGCGGAACUCGAUGCCCUCGUCGCCGCGACAGGCUAGCAAGAAGCGCUCGUCGCCGACCGAGUUCACUGCUCCUCUCCCGCGCUCGUCGCCCGCGGCGUCGCCUGUCCGCCGGGCUCAAUCGACCUCGCCCGACUCGUCCCCGCGCACGUCGACCGUGCACGAUAUCGACUUUGACGAUAUCCCCGAUUUCUGCCCGCCUGUGUCGUCUCUUGACGGCACCAAGGGUCUGCGCACAGACUGGAAGGGCAACGCCAUGGAUCUCUCUGCUGAUCCGGACCGGCACUUGCUGCACCCGCACGAGAUCCAGCUCGCGUCGGUGCUGCGACUCCCGUGCGCAGUCUAUCUUGACUCGAAGAAGCGGAUCUUUGCCGAGCGCGUCUUCCGCGCGCGCCGGGGUCUGCAGUUCCGACGCACCGACAGCCAGAAGGCGUGCCGGAUCGAUGUCAACAAGGCGACGCGUCUGUUUGUUGCGUUUGAGCGCGUCGGCUGGUUCGACGACAAGUGGAUCGCGCCAUACCUCAACAAUUGAUUCUGUGGUUCGUUUUUUCUUUUGUAUUUGAUUUAUUGUGUUUAAUGGGUGUUUUUGUGUCUUUACAUUUUUCUUCAUUUCUCUUUUGCAUUGC